AUGGCUUAUCUCUCACAAGACUCUGAUUUACCUAGAGAAUCAAGCCUCAACAGACAAGGGACCGAUACCGCCCCGUCUAUAUUGGAUGACCAUCAGAACGACCCAACCGGGAGCCUCAUAAGCAAAGACAGCUCCGACAAGAGGACUCAAAUCGCGGAUGCUGAGGAUGCACGUGGUCUUAGGAGAAGAGACUCUGCCAGCACCGUCCAUCAAUUCCUUCUUGACGCCCUCCUCAUAAUGCCUUCGAUAUGUUUCAUCAUUUACGGAAUGAUGGCUCUGCAGAAUAACGGCCGGCCGAUCAACGAGGACCCGGUUCCAGCCUUACUCAUGGCCGCCACAUAUAGCCCAACAAUCUUUCCUAUCGCAUUUGCCGCUGUUGCUGCGAAUCUGCUGAAGGCUGCAGCCGGCUGGAAGAUGGAGCGAGGCGUCACGGUACUGAGUCUAGAAUACCUCCUUAGCUGCCGCUCCGUUUUUAGUGCGGUAACGACACCUUUAUCUUUACGGCGUGCGAACAUCCUAAUGCCGUUUCUCGUCGCUCUCUGGGCGAUGUCGCCUCUAGGAGGCCAGGCGGCUCUUCGUAUAAUGGGCAUGAUCCCUUCACAGAUAUCAGAGUCACAACCAUUCGAAUACCUCGAGUUCAUGUCCGUCUUUCCACAUUCAGGUCCUUUGGGCUCGUCUGGGUCCAGUCUCAUGCCCUCAAUCCAAGGGACCUUUAUCUCAGCUUUAUCUAGUCCCGAGGAGGUCAAAACAGGCCCCCGAGAUGCGUUCGGGAACGUCAAGAUUCCAAUGCUUGAACACUAUCCACAGACAACGACAGCUGAUGCCGAUGGCUGGUACAGCACAAGUCCCAAUGGUUCUGAUACGAUUUGGUCUGCAAUUAUGGGCAUUCCUGUUGCAACAAAGGGCGGGUUCUCUCAGGGGCAGAACUAUUCUUUCGCCAUCAACACUUCAUAUAUGACCGCCCACUGCUCCUUACAUCGCGUACAAGCAGUGGACUUCAAAAGCUGGUACAACUACAUGUAUAAAACUGGGAUAUACAACACUGGCAGGGUUCUCAUGAUCAGGUCUGCCGAAGCUCGCACGAUGUUCAGCAAAACCCCCAUGGAUCUCAUUCUCGAGGCUUGGUAUUAUCCGAAUGAAACAGUCACCAAUGCUACGUGUGUUCUUACAACGAUGCAUGCUGAAGUUGAUGUAGCUUGUCAGGGGUCUCUUUGUGGUGCUCGACGCAUUAGACGAAUUGAGAAGCCGGAGAAUAUGACAGUGAGGACGGUAUUGGAUGGCAUUGCAGGGGAAGGAACAGAUAAAUACGUUCCGUUGGGGGUUUUCAACGCAUUCAUGGAAACGUUCAUCCGGAUUACUCAAACACCAUGGGAGGCCAAGGGCGCGGGAAUGAACAAACCAUUCCCUUCACCAUUAGAGACCUACUUCACCCAUCCGAAUGCCCCCUUUUCCGCUCCAGGUAUCGGCAAUUGGAAUGGAACGGAUAUCUACGAAGUCGGGGAUGCGGUAUUCUCGCAAAGACUUUCUCAGCUUCUCAACACCUUCUGGCUUUCUUCGGUGGCGUCCCUGAAUAUUUCGGGGAACUUCAACUUUCAGACGCACAGGAUGCUUUUAGGAGUUGAGAACACCAUCGUUCAAAACGUUACGGGUACAAAAACGCCAGAUCAAUUAGUGAUGCGGGUUAACGGGCUUUGGAUUUCAAUAUUGUUCAUUGCCUCGGCCGUUAUGCUAGCUUCAGGUGUCGCGGCUAGCGUCUUUGGCUGUCUCAGGCGGGGUCCCGAUGUCCUCGACCGAGCUACAUUUUUUCUAAGGGACAGUCCACAUGUUAAUCUGGCUCAACAGAGCUCACUGGAAGACGGGAUUAGUCAGGUCAAAAGGACGAAAAGCCUGCGUGUUUGCGUUGGCGAUAUCAGGCCUACGGAAGAAACUGGUUACGUCGCAUUCGGAACAGUCGGAGAGGCCAUGCCGUUGAGCUGGCAGGAAAAGGAGAGGCGUUAUGCGUGA